GGCUGGCAUUGAGUGACGAUAGACGAAGGCUUUUGACAGAGAUGUGUGUUUUGAUUUAACAGCCGCACGGAACGGAGGACCCCAGAACCACCACCUCGACCGGCGAAAUCCGCAACUGUAAGCGACCGCUAAAACGGACAUAGAACGCCGUUAGUCUUAAUAUUAAAACCUGAGGCUUGAAGGGAAGCUGCUAUGCUUGGCUAGGCUUUGGAAGUUUAAACAAUUCAGAUCAAAAUCCAAGUUUGCUGUCUUUAAUUUUCUAGCAGACUUUUCUUUAUCUUCCAUGGCAUAUCCUUUCUCAGAUUCCAAGUACUCAGAUGGCCUCACUGUAGUGGGUAUCUCCUUCUGCACAGCUAUUAUCUGUGAGAUCAUCUCAUGGGUUCUUAUCUAUCGUACCAAUUCUUACAAGAACCUUCGGUCCUCCAUUGACAAAGCCUCCAAGAAACUUGAGACCAUGAAGACGGACAGCAACAAAAUCAACAUUAAGAAGUCCAAGACCAAAAAAAUCGAUCGUGUUGAGACAAGCCUCAAAGAAUCAAGUCGAGACUUGUCUCUCUUCAAGUUCAAGUCUGGGGGUGUGGUGGCUCUGGUUCUCUUUGUGGUCUUUGGGUUGCUAAAUUCGCUAUUUGAAGGUAAGGUAGUUGCAAAAUUGCCCUUCAAGCCUUUUGGGCUUAUUAUGAAAAUGAGCCAUCGAGGUUUGCAGGGUAACGAUCCCACUGAUUGUUCCAUGGCCUUUCUAUACUUCUUGUGUUCCAUUAGCAUCAGAACAAAUUUGCAGAAGUUCUUGGGUUUUGCACCUCCAAGGGGUGCAAGUGCUGGUCUGUUUCCAAUGCCAGAUCCAAAGACCAGUUGAUUGGGUUCAGUGCUAUAUUUGAACUUUUUAUCUUGUUGUAUCUAGGGUGAGGAUAAUUUGGAACUGCAUAACUUUAGUCAUUUAUAUUUCAUUUGGUUCUCUUAGGGAGACCAACGUGAUUUUAGUUGUUAUCACUGGUACUGAAACCCGUCAACUACAUUUUACAGUGAUGAUUUGCUUGUUUUUUAAGUUUACAUUUACCUACUCAAAAAUAUUCAGGAUUUUCGUUUUGUUUU